AAGAAUCAAGUCGAUUUUGUAGUUAUGGUAGUUAUGACCAACAGAUUAACGACGUAAUUCAGGGUCAAGAAGCCGUAACCGAAAAUAUAACCCGCUGCAAACGGCCAUAAUAUAUCGUGUGGUGAAGACGUGACGUCAUAUUAAAACUAAUUGGUAAACGUUAUUACCAAUUGGAUUACACUAAAAAUCAGUUCGAGAAGUAUUGGAAUUUGGAGAAACUUGUACCAAACUUGGACAAACACAACUUACAAAGUUUUUUUAAAGACUAUAGUUCCAGAUUGGACUAAGAUACAAUCUACAAAGCUAUGUAGGUUUUUGAUUAAUUUGAACUCGACUUUAUUAGUCCUUCGCGGGCGUGUCAAUUUAUUCUGUAUAAGCUACGACAGAGGAGAAUAUUAAAACGUUUACCAUGAAUUUUGACGAAUAACUAACAGUAAAAAUACGCGGGAAAUUAACAGAUAUGGGAGACACAAGCCGUCCAGUAUAUAACCAUGUACAAAGGUCAUCGACCCCGAAUCUUGGUGUCGGCGGCGACAAGCCGACGAGAAAAUUAUCAAUACGCGAAGCUAAACUUCUACAGAAACAAGGCACUCACCCAAUAAAACCCGCCGCCUUUAGAAGAACAUCUAUAGACAAAUCAAAAACAAUAUGUCGAGUGAAAAACAAGGAAGAUUCAUUACCCAAGAACUGGAGAAAAAUCAACGCCACGGUGAAUAUGUCGUCUGCUUUUAAAAGCGGUAAACGAGUCAGCAUGGGUAGUUUGUUGUCGUCAAGAACAAACUACGACAGCGACGACGACGACGAAUCAAAUCGUUUUGUACCGGCACCUAAUAAUGUGGAACAUACGAGAAUGAUUUAUAAAUCGGCGUGUAAAAAAUACGACAUUGUCCCCUCCUCUACUUUCUUAAAGAGUGUAGAAGCGGGAACAGCUAACCUCAGUUAUCAGGGAUUAGAAUCACUGGGGACUAGAGCCGUUGCCAUGGCGCUUGUUUCUAAUUUAACAAUAACAGAAUUAUCAUUACGUGGUAAUUAUAUUGGUGCAAAUGGUUUACAGUGUAUAGUCGAUAUGUUAAGAGAUAAUUGUGCUAUGAAAAAUUUAGAUAUUUCAGAAAAUGAUCUUACGAAAGGAGGAGCCAUUUUGAUUGCAAAAAUACUGAAAGAGAACGAAACGUUAACACAUCUAAAAAUUUCUGGGAACAAGUUUAAAGAAGGCGAUGCCCAGUGUAUAGCUGAUGCCUUAAAGACGAAUACAACAUUAAAAUCUCUGGAUAUGAGUUAUAAUGAAUUUGGCGAAAAAGGGGGCAUAAUUAUUGGCCAGGGUUUGGCUGGUAACGAUGCAUUAACAAUUGUUAAUUUACGGUGGAACCAUCUUCGCCAGGAUGGUAUUGUGGGUGUGGUUAAUGGCUUGAAGGAAAACGGUAGUAUCAGAGAGUUGGAUCUAUCGUGGAAUGGUUUAGGUGAUAUCGGUGCCAGGGCUCUAGGACAGGUAUUGAAGGAGAAUACAACACUACAAAUAUUAAAUCUAGCUUCUUGUAGAAUAGGACUGGAUGGUGUGGGCUUUCUUAUGACUGAAAUGAUUGGAAACGACACGCUGAAACACAUAAACUUGGAAAAAAAUCCCCUGACAUCACACGGUGCUUGUGCCUUUCUACAGGUUCUUAAAAACAAUCCCUCAUUUGGCAUAGAAACCCUCGAUAUCUCGGACAUUCGUAUUACGUCAGAGUUCUUGGAACUGUUGACAGAAGUGAAAGAGAACCGUCCAAAUUUCGAAGCCAAACACGGAGGCACGCUGAGAGGGAAGGAUGCGUUUAUACAUCGUACUGGAAACCCCAUCACGUUAGAAGAUCCUUUUGAUGUUCUCUUAAAUUAUGUUAAAUCGAACGGAUUAAGAUUAAUGGAUCUUUUCCAACAGUUUGAUAAAGAUAAAAGUUGUGGGAUAAGUAAAGAUGAAUUUAUUCUCGGGAUUCAGAAAGCCAACCUGCCGUUAAAUUUACUGCAUAUAGAGUCGUUAAUAGAUCGACUGGAUGAGGAUAAAAAUGGAGUGGUGGAUUUCAGUGAGUUAUUGUGUGGUAGACAGAAUCAUUUACAGAAGAAGAGACAACAGAUAUUAGGAGGAUCUAAUACAGACUUAACAGGAUCAACUUCGUCCAGGUCGACCUCACCAAAAUCUACAAAUAAAUGGGCAACUGUUAUUAAAUAUUCCAGUUUGCUUGGCGACCCAGAUUCGUUGGUAUUUAGCAAGGCCGAUUCCAGACCGGAAGACGAAAACAUCGAUAACAAUGCGGCCAUCAGUAUCCCCGUGCCUUGAAUUUAACGCGCUUCAUUUCAUUGGGCUUGCUUGAUUGGCUUGUCCAGGACAAAUAAAUAUGACGUUGAAAUACCGGGAGUAGUUUUUCAUGACGUCAGUGUUUCACCUUUCUCAUCUUGCAAUCAAAAUAUAGAGGAAAACGACGGAGCAGUGUUGCACUGUUUGAUUGUUGUCCAAUUUCCCGCGAUGUGCCGAACAGUGAAUCGAACAGGAGCCUGUGCCGAGCAAUAAUUCAUCAAAAAUAUAAUAAUGUGUGUGUGUGGGUGUGUGUUUGACUAUAUGCUACCUGAAAAAAAGUAGCUUAUAAAAAAUAUGCUGUUUUUAACCAAACAUAGGCCUUCAAUUGUUCGUUUGUCCCGUGAGAUAUUUAAUGGCCGAUUUGUGAUUGGUAGGCCUAGUGUGGGAACAUUAUUUCGUCCACGAAGUUCGAAUCCCGCUAGGAGCAACUUGGAUAUGUUUUUUGUUGUUUUUGUUUAAAUUUUUCAUAUUAA